ACAAACGGUCACACUUGUCAUUGUUUUGGUUCUAGCUUUGUUUUUUUUACUUGGGUUUCUGUUCUACGUCGCGAAUUUCAAGCAACGCCCAUGGAGCAGCAGCUGGAGAAGGUCUUGGCGGAAAUCGCCGCGCGUCAGGACACGGUGGGAGCUCUUCUGGCAAAUCGUCAGGGAUUGUGUCUGGGCACCAAGGGCGACAUCGAUCCGAACGUGUCCGGCAUCGGAAUGGCCAUUUCCGAGCAGGUGGCCAAACUUGAGCCAAAUAACACGGUUCCGGCCACGAUUUGCCUGUACAGCGGCAACAAACGCUGUGUGAUCCAGAAGGACGGCGAGAUCACUGGUGUGCUCUUCAAGCAGCAGACGACUGCAUCGGCUACCGCCGCCAGCAACUAACAGGAGCUGGGGCUUCAAGCGCAACACUCAGGCCAAAUACGCAAGUCAGGAUCAUAAUCAGGAUCGGGAUUUGAAAACACAGUCAGAUACAGAUGCAAAUACAAAUAUCUUUCACGACGCGCCAGCUUCGCUUAAUUCAUUUGAUUUGUUACAUUUGUCAAUCGUUCUAACCGAAAACCAUUAUCCAUAAUCAUUGUUUUGUACGACUCGUCUAGCAUUAAGAAUUAUUCGUAAUGCAUUACGCAUUAAGCACAGCUGCUAAUCGCCAUCUCUGAGCCAGCCUUGCGCUAUCACUAUGUACAUAUAGACUUUGUACGAUUAAGCCCCACAAAGUGAUCAAAGCAUAUAUACACCAAUUACAAUUAUAGCAAUGCAAGCUUUUGAACUUGGCAAUUUUCUCGAA